UGGCACUCAACCUUGCCAAAAUUAUCGAGUAAGAAGAGAUCAUAGAUAUGUUUAUGAUUUGUUUUAAUUUUUGUUGAUAGAUGUCCUUCCCAUUAGCCGCAACAUAUUUUAUGAAGAUUUUUGAUGUUGCAGAUAAAUCGUUCGUAAAAUGUUUCAGAACUUUUCUAUCUGUAGAGCCAGCCUUAUAGGUAUAUCAAGAUCUACUCGAUCUAAAAAAAAACUUCCCAGAGAUGGCUCAACAAUAUGUAUUUACAAUGUUUUGCUACGAUCACAAUUAUCUCAAAUCACAAAUAUACAAGGUUUAUCAAUCAGAUUCUAUUCAAAUCCAGCAAGGAGACCCAGUUUUUUCUCUCAAUUUCUUGAAAAUAUCAAACAAGAAAUGCAAAAGAAUAAAGAGAUGAAAGAAUCUUUGAAAAAGUUUAGAGAAGAAGCAGAGAAAUUGGAACAAUCAGAAGCAUUGAGAUCUGCCAGACAAAAAUUUCAAGCAGUUGAAUCUGAAGCUACUAAAGGAUCAGAGGCUCUGAAAGAGAAAUUAGAAUCUUUAAAGGAAAAGGUACAAGAAGUUCUUGAAGAAGCAAGUAAAACUGAAUUAGGUAAAAAAGCUGGUCAGUUAAGUGAGGAAAUAUCAAAAUCUGCAAAAGGAGCAGCAGAGACAAUAUCUGAAAAAAGUCAGGCUUUAGGUAAAACAAGUGCAUUUCAAACAAUAUCACAAACUGUAGAAGCUGUGCGAGAAGAAUUAGAUCAUCAAGGAAUGCAUGGAAAAGUAUAUGUUCCACCUAAAAAAUUAAGAAAAAGAAAAGAUGUAAUAGAAUCAGUAGAUAGCAAAGUUGUUCAACCAAAUGCAGAGGCCACAGGUGUUGAAUUACAUAAAGAUUCUAAAUUUUAUCAAUCAUGGCAGAAUUUUAAGGAUAAAAAUCCAUAUGUGAAUAAAGUAUUAGAAUGGAAAAUCAAAUACGAAGAAUCGGAUAAUCCUGUAAUUCGUGCUUCCAGAUUAUUGACAGAAAAAGUUACAGAUAUAGUCGGUGGACUAUUUCAAAAAACAGAUUUAUCAGAAACACUAACAGAAAUUUGUAAACUAGAUCCUAAUUUUGAUAGAAUACAAUUUUUAAAAUAUUGUGAAACAGAUAUUAUUCCGAAUAUUCUAGAAGCUAUGGUUAGGGGAAAUCUUGAAAUUUUAAAAGACUGGUGUCAUGAAGCUCCAUAUAAAUUAAUAGCACAACCAUUAAUACAAGUAGAAAAAUUGGGAUAUCAGUUAGAUAAUAAAAUUUUAGAUAUUAACAACGUAGAUUUAAUAAUGGGCAAAGUAAUGGAACAAGGACCAGUUUUAAUAAUUAGCUUUCAGUGCCAACAAAUUAUGUGUGUGAGAGAUGCUAAAAAGAAUGUUAUUGAAGGAGAUCCUGAAAAAGUAAUGCGUGUUAAUUAUAUUUGGGUAUUGUGUCGUGAUCCUACAGAACUUAAUCCAAAAGCUGCAUGGCGUUUACUUGAUCUUAGUGUAACCAGUACUGAACAGUUUGUAUAGUGUACAGUUUAGGUAUGAAUUUGAUUGAAAAUUUUAAAGAAAUAGAUGUGAAUAUGUGAUUGAAAAAUAAGUAAGAACUGUCACUUUCUUUUUUUUUUUUUAUGGUUUCUAAUACAGUAUGUAUUGAAAGAGAAGCCUAAAUGAUGGAUAUUAAUUCUUAUGACUUAAAUAUUACUUUCAAAUAUACAAAUUUAGUUCUGUAGCUAAAGCUAUGGAAAUGUUAUAAAUUUUAUGUUGAAUUUUGAUUUAUAUAUAAAUUUAUAUAAGUAUAAAUAUUAUAUAAAUAUAAAAGUAAAUUAUAUUGUAGAUAUACUUAUUAAAAUACGAUAGUUUAUUAUAUUUUUCUAAUAUGUUCAAAUAAUACAACUAUAUUAUUUAUAUAAUUAAAAUAUAAAUUAAAAAUUUGUUAUUUUAGAAUUAUAAAGUUAUCCUUAUAUCAAAAGAUAAUUAUCAAUAUAAAUUACUGUACAAUCAUAUUUUAUAAUCAUAUAAGUAUAUCAUUUGAACUAACGUACGAAAAAAAAAAAUAAGCAAAUUUUAGUAAUUAAUUUCUGUACAUAUUUAAAAUAUUGAUAUUGACAUUAAAAUGUUAAAGAAUAGAGCCUAACAAAAUAUAUAUUGAAUGCCAAAUAUUUAUUUUGCACGGACUAUAUAAUAUAAAAAAUAAUGUAAACAUUUUAUAAAUCAACAAAGAUUGUAUAUAUUUUCAUGUUCAUAUUGCAUAAAAGUGCAUAAUUUAUUAGUACAUUUAUUAUUUUUUAAAAUAUGUAAUAUAUUUGUUUUUUUUUCCAAAUAUCAAUAAGAUUAUGAUUAUAAGUAUAUUGUACAAAUAAAUUCAAUGUGUAAAAUUAAAAAAAAAGAUUUUGAAAAAGAAAUUAAAAUUUUUUUCAUUUGGUCUUCUUUUUACAUUGUUUUGUAAACAAAUGGAAAUUGCACAAAAAAUAUUAAAUCAAAAAUGUAAUAUCUUUACUCAUAACUGAUUCAUUUAAUAUAUAUAAUUAAAUUUUUUAAAAAUUUUAUAUUGAAUCUAAUUAAAUACUGAUGAAAUUAUUUAAAAAUUUCAAAUUUUUUUUGUGCGGUUUAACAAAAUAUUCUUUGAAUGUAAUUUCUUUAUAAUAUCAACAGUUUCAUUUACAUUUUUAUUAAAAAUUAGAAAAUUAAAAUAUAUUUAUAUUUC